AUGAUCGGUGUCUCUGAUGUCUUCUCUGUUCCCGGCGACUUCAACCUCACUUUGCUUGAUCACCUCAUCGCUGAGCCUGGACUCAACCUCAUUGGCUGCUGCAAUGAGCUCAAUGCAGGAUACGCUGCUGAUGGAUACGCUAGGUCUCGUGGUGUUGGAGCAUGCGUCGUUACUUUCACUGUUGGCGGACUUAGUGUCAUCAACGCCAUUGCCGGAGCUUACAGUGAGAAUCUACCGCUGAUUUGUAUUGCUGGAGGACCGAAUUCAAAUGAUUAUGGUACUAACCGAAUUCUUCAUCAUACGAUCGGAUUGCCGGAUUUUACCCAAGAGCUUCGUUGCUUUCAAACUGUCACUUGCUUUCAGGCUGUGGUUAACGAUUUGGAAUAUGCACACGAAUUGGUCGACACAGCGAUUUCAACAGCGUUAAAAGAAAGCAGGCCGGUUUACAUCAGUAUCAGCUGCAACUUACCUGCAAUUCCUCAUCCUACUUUUAGCCGGGAACCUGUUCCUUUUUCUCUAGCGCCAAAGUUGAGUAAUCAGAUGGGUUUAGAAGCAGCAAUUGAAGCAGCAGCAGAGUUCUUAAACAAAGCCGUGAAGCCAGUAAUGGUAGCCGGACCUAAACUUCGUGUAGCAAAAGCAUGCAACGCAUUUGUUGAAUUAGCAGACUCAUGUGGGUAUCCUGUAGCCGUGAUGCCAUCAGCGAAAGGGAUGAUCCCAGAACACCAUCCUCAUUUCAUUGGAACAUAUUGGGGUGCUGUAAGCACAGCUUUUUGUGCAGAAAUUGUUGAAUCUUCUGAUGCUUACUUAUUUGCUGGACCUAUAUUCAACGACUACAGCUCUGUAGGCUACUCUCUUCUCCUCAAAAAAGACAAAGCCAUAAUCUUGCAACCUGAUCGUGUAAUAAUUGGAAAUGGCCCAACUUUUGGGUGCGUGUUGAUGAAAGAUUUCUUGAUCGGUUUAUCAAAAAGACUAAAAAAGAACACAACUGCUUAUGAGAAUUAUCAUAGAAUUUAUGUUCCAGAAGGUCACCCUCUUAAAUCUGCUCCAAAAGAGGCAUUGAGGGUUAACGUUCUGUUUCAACACAUACAGAAUAUGCUUUCGGGUGAUACAGCUGUCAUUGCUGAAACCGGUGAUUCGUGGUUCAAUUGUCAGAAGCUAAAGCUUCCAAAAGGAUGCGGGUAUGAGUUCCAGAUGCAAUACGGGUCGAUUGGGUGGUCGGUGGGAGCGACACUUGGGUACGCACAAGCCGCAACUGACAAACGAGUGAUUGCGUGUAUUGGAGACGGAAGCUGUUAGGAUCGAGACACUUAACACACGACUCUAAACACACACACAGCUCACGAAAAACAAGAACACAAGGAUGAACAUGAGGGAUUUAACGUGGUUCGGUUAUUCUCUGACCUACGUCCACCGCUUUUCUGUGGAUUCACACUCAACAUUUCUGUGGAUUCACACUCAACAUUUCUGUGGAUUCAUACUCAACAGAAGCUUCCAAGUCACGGCUCAAGAUAUUUCAACAAUGAUUCGAUGUGGCCAAAACACCAUCAUUUUCCUAAUAAACAAUGGCGGAUACACCAUUGAAGUCGAGAUCCAUGACGGGCCCUACAAUGUUAUAAAAAAUUGGAACUACACUGCUUUAGUUGACGCGAUCCAUAAUGGCGAGGGCAAGUGUUGGACUAGUAAGGUGUUUUGUGAAAAGGAGCUUGGUGAGGCAAUUGACAACGCAACAGGGGAGAAAAAGGAUUGUUUGUGUUUUAUUGAAGUGGUUGUGCACAAAGAUGAUACGAGCAAAGAGUUGCUCGAGUGGGGUUCGAGAGUGUCUGCUGCUAACGGAUAACCUCCGAACCCUCAAUAAGAAAUAUUUUUACUCUAUGCGGCUAGAUGAGGAUUCACUAUGGUUUCAUGAUGUACAAAGUGUAUAGAAUCUAUAUCCUUUGUUGCUAUUUUAAUUUAGAAAGAAUAACAGUCAAAUAUCUUGAAUGUAUUCGGCCAAAUGUAUUGUCUUGCCCAUUAUAUUAUGUUUGCAUUUUAUCUA